AUGUCGACACCAGAAGAGACUAGCUUAGAAGAGCUAAAAGGAAAAAAGCAAGCGACUUCUGGUCUCAAGUCCUUUAUUGCUGGUGGUUUUGGUGGCAUUUCCUGUGUACUCGUCGGUCAUCCGUUCGAUCUAAUAAAGGUACGCCUUCAAACUGCAAAGCCAGGUGUCUAUAAUGGAGUUCUCGACUGCGCACGGAAGACCGUUCGGGCCGAUGGCUUUCGUGGAUUGUAUCGAGGAAUGGUGCCUCCUCUGGUUGGAGUAACACCAGUAUUCGCUGUUAGCUUCUGGGGUUAUAAUCUUGGAAAAAACCUAGUCUACAAAUUCACUCCGAAUCGCACAUCUCCCGAACUGUCGCUUGCCGAGAUCUCAUUAGCGGGCGCAUUCUCGGCAGCCCCAACGACUUUAUUGAUGGCACCUAUGGAACGCGUUAAAGUGGUGUUGCAGGUGCAGGGACAAGAGGGUAGCACUGCUUAUAAAGGUCCUGUUGAUGCGAUCAAGGGCAUUUACCGAGAAGGUGGUAUCAGAAGUCUUUUCCGCGGCACCGGUGCGACAUUAUUAAGAGACGCGCCAGGAAGUGCAGCCUAUUUCUUCGCGUAUGAAUGGACGAAGCGUUUGUUAACUCCGAAAGGUAGUAAGCCGGAAGACCUGAAAGUUGCGUCAGUACUAUUCGCUGGUGGCAUGGCUGGUGUUGCAAUGUGGACGAUAGCAAUACCACCUGACGUGCUGAAAUCUCGCCUUCAGUCUGCGCCACCCGGAACAUAUUCUGGUAUAUGGGAUGUGUUUCGAAAAACUAUGGCAACAGAUGGUCCUAAAGCAUUGUUUAAGGGGUGGGGAGCUGCCAUGCUACGUGCCAUUCCGGCGAAUGCUGCUACCUUUAUGGGUUAUGAAGUUAGCUUAAAGGUUAUGAAUCUGCUCUGGUGA